CUCUGUCUGCUCCAUAUUGGCUGGUUGGCUGUCGUUAGCGAGGUUUUUCUUUACCGGUGGAUAAAAUCUUUCAACAUCUCUGAAACUUAAGGACGUUUACCUGCAAAGACGUAACACGAGAUGAAUAACAAAUUGCUUCUCAUAUUUCUCUUAGUUUUACCAGCAGUGCUUAUUGUGAUAACAGAUGGCGGAGGUAGGUCUUCAUUCGUCGCCCAUGCCGAUGAUGCUGUCGAGGAUGAGGUAGAAGGCGAGGAUGAUGUCACAAUAGACGAUGAGGGUCCAGGUGCAGGAACGCUAGAAACGGAUGCUGUUGUUGCAGAUAGUGAAGAAGAGGAAGAGGAGGAAGAAGAAAAGGCAUUGCAAGCUUCACCUGAUGCUCAGACAAAGAUAGUUUUCAGCAAACCUGACAACUACAUGGAAAUGCCAGCAGGAGCAAUUGUGAAGUUCCUAGUGGGAUUCAUCAACAACGGUGAAAAGGAUUUUAUUGUAGACAGCAUCGAUGCAGCCUUCCGAUACCCACAAGACUACAGCUUUUACAUCCAAAAUUUUACUGCGGCCUAUUAUGGACGAUUGGUAGAAUCCAAGAAGCAAGCAACAUUUGACUACAGCUUUAUGCCUAGUGAGAACUUCAAUGCAAGACCCUUUGGUCUGACUAUUAACCUUAACUAUAGAGAUGUUGAGGGUUCUUUGUACCAAGAUGCUCUGUUUAACGAAACCAUCAGCAUAAUCGAAGUUGAUGAAGGUCUUGAUGGUGAAACGUUCUUCCUGUACGUGUUUCUGGCUGCCGUGGCUGUAUUGCUACUAGUUGCUGGACAGCAGUUCCUAGCAUCAUUCACAAAGAAGAGGGGACAGCGUACCAAAGCACCAGUUGAGAUGGGGACAUCAAACCAUAAUGAUGUGGAUUACGACUGGAUACCUAAGCAAACACUUGAUGACAUGAAGAAAUCUCCCAGAAGGACACCCAGGCAGUCACCACGACAAAGGCGCACGAAAGGAAGUUCAGAGGACUAGUGAAACUACUAGGUGCAACACCAUGGACACACGCGAAAAGCAUGCAAUGAUACAUCCUGAUAUACACUGCCCAUCACACCACCACCAUUGCCAUCAUCGUCAUCAUACGAAUGCUCUACAAAUGGUUCCUUUCAAUAAGAAUGCGUGAAUAAGUAUCAUUUUGAGAAUGGAAAAGUUUGGAGAACAUUCUCUAAUGAGGUGAUGGUUUUCGAAA